ACGUAGAUCUCUGUUUUGCACCUGGAAACUUUUGCCUCUCCUUUGUGGGUUUUUUUCCCUAUUAGGUCGGAUAAACUAAAGGCAUGAACUUCCGGAAGGUAGUCCUAAUCUACGUUUUAAUAUUUGCCUGGUUUAUGGUAUACCACUUGGUCUUCAGUCAAACAGAAAUCACCUACAAUGUGGGACCACAGCUGACUGUCGGACCAAUGGGGGAGACAUACUACUAUCCUCCCUUGAUGUCAAAUUACUAUCAACCUACGAUGUUCAAUGGCUCCGGGGGAUCUGGUGACCUCGUGGGGAUCGGUCUUGUGGGAUACCUGCUCUAUACCUUAUUGAAAUUUCUGAUCCCGAUCCUACUUAUAUCUGCCGUAGGACAGUCCUCAAGAGAUAAAGCAGACUGAUGGUUGUCGACGAAGAUCACCCAAAAUACUAGUGAAAAUUCUUUGAGGGUCACAGCGCUCUUCUACUUACUGACAACUCUGAAUAUUAAAAUAUCACAGAGUAGA